GCGUGUAUACAUAUAUAGAGCAAAAAAAAACUCAUGAAUCAACUAGGACAAAUAAGCAACCACCACGUGAAAUUAAUUCGCAACCCCCAUUCUCAUCUUCCUAUUGCCUUUCUACUCUACUAUAUAAUGCAAUUUCUGCAGCUCAUAGUAUGCAUCUUUCAACCCUAGCCCACUUGCACAUUCCAGCCAUGCCACCAACUGCCACCACCACUGAACCCCAUGUUGUGGUCUUCGCCUUCCCCUUCGGCACCCACGCAGCCCCACUCUUCUCCGUCAUCCACCGGCUUGCCACAUUUUCUCCAAACGCCCACUUUUCUUUCUUCAACACCUCAGAAUCCAACACCUCCAUCUUCUCCGCUUCUAAAUACAACACGUUACCAAACAUCAAAGUCAGUGACGUGUGUGACGGUAUCCGUGAAGGCUAUACGUUUUUGGGGAAGCCCCAGGAGAAAAUUGAGCUGUUCUUGGAAGCAGCUCCUGAGAGCUUCAGGAAGAGCAUCAAGGCAGCGGUUGCAGAGACUGGAAGGAAAGUCACCUGUUUACUGACUGAUGCGUUUUUUUGGUUCGCGGCUGAAAUGGCGGAGGAGAUAAGAGUGGAUUGGGUGGCGUUUUGGACUAGUUCGCCUGCAGCCGUUUCUGCUCAUUUUUACACUGAUUUUAUCGGGGAAAAUUUUGGAGCUGGAGAUACAAUGGAGAAAGAUCAAACCCUCCAUUUAAUUCCAGGAUUCUCUAAAGUUCAAAUUCGUGAUUUACCAGAGGAAGUGCUGCUUGGAAACUUGGAAUCAAUCUUCUCCCGAAUGCUUCACAAAAUGGGAAAUAUGUUACCCAGAGCAGCUGCAGUCUUCUUGAACUCAUUUGAAGAACUAGAUCCUAUCAUAAUAAAUGACUUGAACUCCAAAUUCAAGAGAUUCCUCUGUACUGGACCCUUCAACUUGGUUUCGUCACCAUCACAAGUGCCAGACACAAAUGGUUGCAUAGCGUGGCUUGACAAGCAAAAACCUGCAUCAGUGGCAUAUGUUAGCUUUGGCUCCGUGGCAACACCACCACCCAAGGAACUUGUGGCCCUAGCUGAAGCAUUAGAAGCUAGCAAGGUAGCUUUCUUAUGGUCACUCAAGGACAGUUCACACCUGCCAAAAGGUUUCUUGGACAGAACAAAAUCGCAUGGAAUUGUGCUACCGUGGGCUCCCCAAGUUGAAAUCUUAGCACAUACUGCUAUCGGGGUUUUUAUAACACACUGUGGUUGGAACUCGGUGCUGGAGAGUAUCGUAGGAGGGGUGCCUAUGAUUUGCAGGCCAUUCUUUGGCGAUCAAAAGCUCAAUGGAAGGAUGGUAGAGGAUGUCUGGAAUAUUGGCCUCAGAGUGGAGGGUGAAGUGCUCACAAAAAAUGGAGUAAUUGAUUGUUUGGACCAAAUUUUCUCGCAAGAAAAGGGAAAGAUAAGGAGGGAGAAUAUUAAAACGCUUCAAGAACUGGCGAAAAGGGCAACAGAAUCAAAUGGGAGCUCUUCCAAGAACUUCAUUGCAUUAGCAGACUUAGUGACGAACACUGGAAACUAUAAAAAUUAGUUGUUUUCCUACUAACGUUUCUGCAUUUGUCAUUUUCAAACCUUGGAGGUAAUAAAUUUUCACUUUUGUGUGUUAAAAA